CACAUCAAAGAUGCUGCCAUACUCCCCAUUUUAACAUUCCACAAUUAGGCUCCUCCCCUCAGCACUCGAAGACGAGCAAACCGUAUACGAAGACGAAAUGGAGGGUCCCACUAUGGUAUGCAAAACCAUAUGCAAACCCAAAUGCAAGCGCGCGCUAGAGUAUUCGCCCUCGCCACCAGACAACAAACCCACCAAGCGAGAUGCACCCGGAAUCAGCGACGAAACCUACGUCCAGAGAUAUCAGGAGAAGUUAGAGGAGUACAGGGCUGCCAAAGCCCAAGACUUGGAGGGGCCGUUUGACCCCAACACCGCUUCCGCGCCUUCCAAAUGUGAGGGACCCCGGGCACCUCAAGAAUCAGUGCUAUUUCCAGUUGGUAACAGAAACGUGAGUCUUCUGGGCUACCCGGGAGAAUCAGAAUACCGCUUAACGACCGGCUACUGA